AUGGCCGCUGAUUGCAGAGCAACCGUUCACAGCUACAAAUAUCUCUUGCAAAAUAGAAUAGUUAAUAUCACCGGAGCUGUUCCGUGCAAGAAAUGCAAAGAAAAGUUCCAAAUGUCUUUUCAUUUGAGAGAAAAGGUUCCUGAAAUAUUGAAGUUUGUUACCGAAAACAGGAACGACAUGCAUGACAGGGCGCCAACCAUUUGGAUGAAGCCAACAUUGCCUAAUUGUGUGCACUGUAAUCAACAAAACAGUGUGAAGCCGGUAAUUGCUGACAAGAAACGGAGUAUCAACUGGCUGUUUCUGUUAUUAGGACAAAUGCUUGGCUGCUGCACGCGUAAACAGCUGAAGUAUUUCUGCAAACACACCAAGAAUCAUGAAUCAGGUGCCAAGAAUAGAGUUCUUUAUUUAACUUAUCUUGGACUCUGCAAACAACUUGAUCAUCCCAGACCCUUUGAUACUGGACCCUUUGAUUAUGAUGCUUGA